AUGGCAAAUCCUGUUCCGGCCAGUUUCUUGACGCGGGCCAAUGCCUUAUUCAGGAAAAACUUAACCUAUCAGAAACGGAACAUAUGGAGCAAUGUUCGGCUCAUUGUGAUCCCUUUGUACCUCUGUGUGCUUCUAGUUUUCAUUCAAGCUCUGUUCGAUACACAAGUUAAUAACUCUGCUGAUAACCAAUGUGGUUGUCAAUGCCUUGAUAGUAAAUGCCAAAACAAGACUUGCGGGUUACAACAUUCAUCACCAAGCCAAGCAAUCUUUUGUGCCUUCCCAAAUCCUCCAGCAUUGCCUCCGUUGUUACAGAUUCCACUUACAAAAACAUCUUCUGAAUCUUGCAGACGAACAGGAUCUUGUCCUCUAGUAACUAUACUUGUUACUGGGAAUAACCCUAAUCUUGGAACAACUUUAUCUAUGAAUCUGCUCUCUACUACUUCUUUCCCGGUGAACUCCACUGGCGACCUUCUCUUGCGUAGUCUAGCCAAUAAUGGUACAACAUCAGAGGCAGAUUUUACCAAUUAUAACGAUCCAGGGAUUCACUCAAACCUUCCCCUCUACAACAUCCAAACUCGGUGCACUCAAGAAGCUACAUUCUCAUUCUCAAUCGGACAGUUUCAGAAAGAAGUGAGAUGUAUUCAGGGAUUGAGUCUCUGGCGAAAUGACUCCAGAGAAGUCAACGAUGCGAUCUUCAAGGGAAACCAUGAGGAGGUGGUUGCAGCAUACGAUCUCUUGGACACCGACAGAAACAACUUCAAUGUGACAAUCUUGUACAACUCUACAUACAAGAAAAUGUUACUAGACAGACGUCUAAAAUUUGUCCGAGUUCCUCGCUUGGUCAAUUUGGUGUCGAAUGCAUAUCUCGAGUAUCUGAAAGGCAAAGGGACAAAGAUGCUAUUCGAGUUUGUCAAAGAAAUGCCUAAACUAGAAACUAGGCUUCGUAUGGACAUUGCAUCUUUCAUUGGCCCCAUUUUCUUCACAUGGGUUAUUCUUCUUCUGUUCCCUGUGAUGUUGACCUCAUUGGUGUAUGAGAAGCAGAAGCGUCUAAGGAUUAUAAUGAAAAUGCACGGACUUGGAGAUGGUCCAUAUUGGAUGAUUUCCUACGCCUAUUUUCUCGCCAUAUCGGCACUAUACAUUAUAAGUUUGAUGAUUUUUGGGUCAGCAAUAGGACUCAAGUUCUUCCGGUUUAAUGACUACAGCAUCCAGUUCGUUUUCUAUUUUAUCUACAUUAAUCUGCAAAUCUCCAUUGCCUUUCUUGUUUCCUCAGCAUUUUCAAAAGUUGAGACAUCAACAGUUGCUGCUUACAUAUAUGUGUUUGGAACUGGGUUAUUGGGCACGUUUCUCUUCCAGUUUCUGAUCGAAGAUCCAUCAUUUCCCAGAAGCUGGAUUUUGGUCAUGGAGUUGUAUCCUGGCUUCUCUUUAUACCGCGGGUUGUAUGAGUUCUCCAACUAUGCCCUUAAGGGAAACUUGAAUAGGAAGAAUGGAAUGAAGUGGGAAGACUUCAAUGGUAGUGGAAUGGAUGAAGUUUUCUCCAUCAUCAUCGUUGAGUGGUUUCUUGCACUCAUUGCAGCAUACUAUAUGGACCGAGUUUCUUUAUCCGCGAAAGACCCUCUUUCAUUCUUUAAAAACCCUUCCAAGAAAUCUCCUUCUGCACAAAUUUGUAUCUUGCAAAAACAGGGCUCUGAAGUUGCUGUAGAAAUGGAGAGAGUAGAUGUCGCUCAGGAGAGUGAAAAAGUUGAGCAAAUGAUGCUUGAGCCUAGCACUAGAUAUGCAAUUGUAUGCGACAACCUAAAGAUGGUGUAUCCAAGCAGGGAUGGAAACCCACCAAAAGUGGCAGUUCAUGGUUUAUCUCUCGCUGUACCUUCAGGAGAAUGCUUCGGCAUGUUAGGACCUAAUGGUGCCGGAAAGACUUCCUUCAUCAACACGAUGAUUGGGCUUGUGAAACCAACAUCAGGGUCAGCAUUUGUUCAAGGUUUAGAUAUAUGCAGUGAUAUGGACAGAGUAUACACUAGCAUGGGCGUAUGCCCACAGCACGACUUGCUCUGGGAGACAUUGACAGGAAGGGAACAUUUACUGUUUUACGGAAGACUUAAGAAUCUCAAAGGUUCUGAUCUAAACAAAGCUGUAGAAGAGUCUCUGAAGAGUGUAAACUUAUUUCGAGAAGGAGUUGCCGAUAAACCUUCUGGAAAAUAUAGCGGAGGUAUGAAAAGACGGCUAAGUGUAGCCAUUUCACUUAUUGGUAGUCCUAAGGUGGUUUAUAUGGAUGAGCCGAGCACAGGACUUGAUCCAUCUUCAAGAAUGAACCUAUGGACAGUCAUCAAACGUGCUAAAAAACACUCUGCGAUAAUCCUCACUACUCACUCAAUGGAAGAAGCAGAGUUUCUCUGUGACCAAUUGGGGAUUUUUGUAGAUGGAAAAUUACAAUGCAUAGGGAAUCCAAAAGAGCUAAAGGGAAGGUAUGGUGGAUUCUAUGUGUUAACGAUGACAACAUCAUCACAACAUGAGAAAGAUGUGGAGAGGUUGGUUCAAGAUGCAUCUCCAAACGCUAAGAAGAUAUAUCACAUCGCAGGGACACAGAAAUUUGAGAUUCCAAAAGAAGAAUUUCGAAUCUCAGAGGUGUUUCAGGUGGUGGAGAAUGCGAAGAGCAAUUUCGAGGUGUUUGCUUGGGGACUUGCGGACACAACACUUGAAGAUGUAUUCAUUAAGGUUGCCAAAACUACUCAAGCAUUUAAUGUCUUCUCUUGA